UUCUUCCAACUCUAUUUAUAUUAUAUAUAUGCACCCCAAAAGAUGAUGUUAAAGAUGAAAAUGAUGCAGCGAGUAGUGAAGGGAUUGACUCUUUUGUUGGGCUUAUUAGCCAAGGUACUGUUCAGACAGAAACCUCAGUGUCACAAACAGAGUAUUACUCUUGAUGAUGACUCCGAUGAUGCCUACGGUCUCAGCUGGAGGUUGGCGGUUGAGUCCAACAAUGUGCGUCCAUGGCGUACGGUCCCACUUCAGUGCUACAACCACCUCCAUAACUACAUGACACGUGGCCAAUACCAUCAUGACCUCAAUCUCAUCGUCGAUCAAAUUUUGUUACAUUCCUCUGAGAUACCCCUCUCUCCUGAUGGCAUGGAUGCCUGGAUUUUAGACGUCGAUGACACUUGCAUCUCUAACUUAUCUUAUUAUCAAGCUAAGCGAUUUGGGUGCGACCCGUUUGAUAAAACGAUAUUCAAGGCAUGGAUAAUGAAAGGAAUGUGCCCGGCAAAUGCAGCUGUACUAGGAUUAUUUAACACUUUGAGACAAAGAGGAUUCAAAGUUUUCUUGCUAACAGGUAGAGACGAAGCAACACUCGGAAAAAUCACCACUGACAACUUGCGUAACCAAGGAUUCAUCGGCUAUGAGCGUCUUAUUUUGAGGACUGAACAAUACAGAGGGCUAAGUGCAGUGAGAUACAAGUCAGCAAUUCGGAAGGAGAUAGAAGGAGAAGGGUACAGGAUAUGGGGAAAUGUGGGAGACCAGUGGAGUGAUCUUCAAGGAGAGUGUUUGGGAAAUCGUACUUUCAAGCUCCCUAAUCCCAUGUAUUUCAUUUCUUGAACUAGUUUUAAGUACCAUCAUCC